AUGGAUAAUAAGAGGCACUUCGUGUUGGUUCAUGGAGCAUGCCAUGGAGCAUGGUGUUGGUACAAGGUUGUUGCUCUAUUGAAAUCUUCUGAACAUAAAGUCACAGCAUUAGACAUGGCUGCUUCUGGAAUCCAUCCAAAACAAGUGCAUGAACUGGAUUCCAUUGAAGAUUAUUAUGAACCAUUGGUUGAAUUUCUAAGAUCAUUGCCACAAGAGGAGAGGAUAAUCCUUGUGGGUCAUAGCUUGGGUGGGAUUUGUAUAUCUAUGGCUAUGGAAUUAUUCCCAAAGAAAAUUGCAGCUGCUGUAUUUGUUGCAGCUUUUAUGCCUUCUCCUGAUCUACGCUCCUUGACUCUCCUCCAAGAGUAUCAUGAAAGAUUGGAUUCCAGCUUGGAUACAAAGUUUAUAUUUGACGAAAACUCAAAUAAUAUUAAACAAAAUGGAUCUAUGAUAUUAGGGCCACAAUUCUUAGCAACCAAGUUGUAUCAACUAUGUCCAUCAGAGGACUUGUCUCUUGCAAUGAUGUUACUAAGGCCUCUUUGUAGUUUUGGUGAUCAAGAACUAUUACAAGAGAAAACAAGUGUAACAAAAGAUAAUUACGGAACUGUUGUUAAAGUUUACAUUGUGUGUCAACAAGACAAAGUGAUCAAACAUGAUUUUCAACUGUCAAUGAUUGAACGGAAUCCUACCAGUGAAGUUAAAGUGAUUCAUGACGCUGAUCACAUGGUCAUGUUCUCUAAACCUCAAGAGCUUUAUGCAUAUCUUCAAGAAAUUGCUGACACCUAUUAUUAG